AGACUACAACCUGUAAGUGGAUCAAUUGGUGGUCAGUCUUGAGUUUAAGAUUGAAGAAACACUUUUAGAUUGGAGGAGAGCAAAAUCUGCCAAAAUGGCACUGCAUGAGCAAUUGCCGUUUUUCAACCCAACUGUCCCGUUCUGUAGUCCAAUCCCAGGAGGAUUGCUGGAGGGAAUGAGUAUUACUGUAUGUGGACGGGUUUUUCCAGAUGCAAACAGAUUCCAUGUGGACCUUCAGAAUGCAGCUGAUGUUGCUCUGCACUUUAACCCUCGCUACAACAGUGGUGGGUACAUCGUGCACAACUCCCGCUUGAACGGCGUUUGGGGCAAUGAAGAAAACAAAGCUCCAACUCCUUUCCCGAGAGGCCAUUUGUUUACUCUGCAGAUCCUCAUCACACUGAGCUCAUACAAGAUAAGUGCCAAUGGGAAACCCUUCUCUGAGUUCAAGCACCGUAUGCCAUUGACACAUGUGGAUAAAAUUUGUAUGGCUGGAAUGGUCAGACCGAGUUUAAUCGCUUUCCAGUAUCUUGAGCCCGAUCAUCCUGUGCCUCCGGCAUCUUUGAAAGUCCCAUACAAAAGUAUCAUUGAUGGUGGAUUACGGUCUGGAAAAGUCAUCAUCAUUGAAGGAGUCAUCAAUCCUGAUGGAAUGGAGAUUUUUCUACGGCACAAAACUGGAAUUGCGUUUUACUACAGUCCUCGUUUUGAUGAGAAUGUGGUUGUGUGCAACAGCUAUGAGGAUGGGACAUGGGGCGAUGAGGAAAUUUAUGAGCUCAUGCCGAUUGAAAUAGGACAACCGCUGCAAGUCACCAUUUUCUGCAGUCAUCAGGGUUACGAGGUGUUUGUCAAUGGUGAACAAACUCACACUUACAGCCAUCGCUACACUAAUCUGGAGGAGAUUGAUGUUCUAGACAUUCGUGGAGAUGUGCAGCUGAGCUUUGUGCAGCCCUGACAAAGAUUUCAUCCAGAUCUAUGAGGAAAAAAUGUUCAAAACCUACAACAGCUGCAGUGAUGAUAAUAAUAAUACUUAAAAAUUAAUAAACACAGUCUGUUCUGCAGUGAUGUGUCCAACCUAUCGGUGC